AUGCCACCGAGCCCUACCCGAAACCAAGAGGUUUCUCCCCCACUACUAGUGAAACUGGUACCUAGUUUUACGCCCAUACGGAUAUGCGAAAUCAGUGCCAAUGCCUUCCAUCAUGAGAUGAUGCGAAGCGACGCCGAGUUCUUUCAGACUAGCAUCUACGAAAUUGACCAGAUCAUCCAUGAAAAAGAGUUGGUAGAGGACGAAGAAACGCUCCGCCUCAUCCAGCAGAAGCUUCCGCAUAUGCACCGGAACAUAUAA